CCUGAAUUAUUUUAUUAUUAUUAUUAUUAUUAUUGGCUCUUUCUACAUAGAACACUCUUCUAUAUUCAUUGAUGGCUGCAUUUCUCCAUCUACACAUAGUGCAAGCAAUCGGCGUAUAACUCUACUUGUCUUCGUUUAUAGUCUUAAAGGCGUUGAGAUUAUUGAACAUAUCAGAGAAGCGUUUUGGUUGCGGGCUGCAGUUUCUUAAUAACUAUUGAGACAAUGGAAUUUCUUGUGGCAUUAGCAACUGGAGUUGUGACAAAACUUGGGGAGUCAUUAGUAGCACCAAUCACAAACCAAUUUGCAUACAUAAUCCGCUACAAAAGAAAUGUGAAGAAUUUGGAGAGCCAGAGGAAGGAAUUGGAAGGCAAGAAACUUGGAGUGCAAGCAACUGUGGAUGCAGAUAAAAGGAAUUCACAUCAAAUUGCAUCUAAUGUUGAAGAUUGGCUUUGCAAGGUAGACACAAUUGAGAAUGAAUUACAAGGAUUCUAUGAAGAUGAUGAACAAGUGAAAAACAAGUAUCUGAAUUUGGUGUCAUGUUAUUCAUUGAGCAAGAGAGCCAAAAAAUUAUCCAAUGAUAUUAUAAGGCUCAAGGAAGAGAAAUUUGAAAUCAUAUCUUACCCUAAACCCCCACCAAGACUUGGAUCAAGAUUCUUGAAUGGUACUACUAUUAAGAGCUUCCAAACAAGAGAAUCAAUCAUGUGUGAUGUCAUAGAUAAAUUGAAAGAUGAAGAUGUGAAUAGAAUUAGCAUAUGUGGAAUGGGGGGUGUUGGAAAAACAACUUUUGUGAAAGAAGUGAUCAAGAUUUUAGAGGCAGAUAAGUCUUUUGAUGAGGUUGUCAUGGCAGUGGUGUCUCAAACUCCAGAUUGCAGGAAGAUCCAAGGUCAGAUUGCUGAUGCCAUUGGAUUGAAGCUUGACAAGGAAACUGAUCAAGGAAGAGCACUUCAACUGCAUGAUCGAUUGAAGAAUAUUGAUAGUGUUCUGAUAGUGCUAGAUGAUGUUUGGACAGACCUUGAUUUUGAAUCCAUUGGCAUUCCUUCCACAAGUUGCAAGAUCUUAUUCACUUCAAGAAUCCAAGAUGUGUGCAUCAAGAUGAAGAGUCAAAGGAAUUUCACAAUUUCUGUCUUGUCCCGAGACGAAAGCUGGGAUCUUUUCAAUGAGACUAUUGGAGUUAAUCUUGCAGAGAAACCUGACAUCCAUGACAUAGCAAAAGAAAUUGCAAACCAAUGCAGGGGAUUGCCUAUUGCGAUUGUAACAAUAGCGAAAGCAUUGGCGAAUAAAGAGAAGCAUGCUUGGGAGGAUGCAUUGGAGCAACUGAGGAAUUCAUCAGUAGAAUCUUUUCCUGAAAUGCAGACUAGUGUCUUUUCUUGCAUUGAGCUAAGUUACAACUUUCUUGGUGGUGAAGAAAAGUUCUUCCUUUUCCUCUGUUCCUUAUUACCAGAAGACUUUGACAUUCCCAUUGAAGUCCUAUUCAGACAUGGUGUGGGAUUAGGAAUGUUCAAAGGCAUUGAUGCUUUGUGGAAAGUUAGAAACCGGGUGCAUACAAUCGUCGAUAGACUGAAAGAAUGCUUCAUGCUGUUGGAUAGCAAUGUGGAAGAGUGUGUUAAAAUGCAUGAUGUUGUUCGCGAUACUAUCGCCUCUAUAGCAGCAAAAUAUCAUCAUCAUUUGGAGUGUUAUAGCAGUGCAAUCUCACUAAUCUUUGAGAAGAAAACAGAACUUCCUCAUGUUUCAAAUUGUCAAAAGCUGAAGCUUUUACAAGUAUCAUCAAAGGGAAAGGAAUCUGUUCCAGAGAAUUUCUUCCAAGGCAUGAACAAACUCAUGGUACUAAGUCUGCAAAAUGUGUUGAUUCAAUCUAUGCCUUCUACACUUUCAGCUUUGGACAACAUCCACACUCUAAGAUUAGAAGCUUGCAAUGUUGGAGACAUAUCCAUAAUUGGCCAGAAACUCAUGAAAUUGGAGAUUCUAAGCUUUGCUAAAUCAAGUAUCAAGGUAUUGCCAUUAGAAAUUGGGCAACUAACUUUGCUAAGAUUGUUGGAUUUAACUGAAUGCAAUCAUCUUAUUCAAAUUUCUGCUACUGUUUUGGCAAGCUUAUCUAGGCUAGAGGAACUCUAUCUUAGAGUAAGAAAUUUUCCUUCAAAGGAAUCUAAUCAUAUCCUCUUUGAGUUGCAAUGCUUAUCUCAUCAGCUAAAAGUUCUUGAGUUUGCAUUUAUUAUGGUAGAUGAAUUUCUUCCCAAAGACUUAAUCUUCAAAAGCAUUGUAAGAUUUUGGGUCUAUGUGGGAGAUUCAUCUACCAUUUCCCAUGGUCUUGUUCCUAGGGGAUACCUACACCCAAAUGUGCUGACAUUAAAUAACACAUAUUACAGUUACAUCAAGAAGAGUGUGACCAUUCAACAUUUUCUUCAAAGAGUUGAAAUUCUCAGCUUAGAUGAUAUCAAGAACUUAAAAUGUGUCAUAUCAGAUUUAGAUGAAGAGGGAUUUCCACUUCUGAAAAAUCUGAUCAUUGAGUCCUGCAACAAUUUAGAGUAUGCUGCAGAUUCAUGUGAUGAUCAUUGUGUUUUUCCACAAGUUCAAUCAAUUUCUUUGAGGAAUUUGGAGAAUUUAAAAGCAAUAAUAUGUCAUGUGGCCCAUCAUUUGAGUCAAAAGGUUGACUUUAGUGCAUGCCAAUGCUUUGGAAGCCUACAAGUUCUUAAAAUAGAAUAUUGUAAAAGUUUGAAGACCAUCUUCACAUUAUUGUCUCCAAGGAGAACUACUAGUUUGGCCAAACUUCAAUGCUUGCAUGUGGUUGAAAGCCAUGGAAUAGAAUGCAUUGUUUCAAUCAAUACAACCAAAGUUGAUGACUCAAUUAUUGUGUUUUCUAAUUUGGUGGAAUUGAAGCUGCAAGAACUUCCAAAUUUGACUGCAUUCAUCAAAACUAGUAUUAUGCAUCAGCACCAUUCACCUUAUAAGGUUCAAGAAUCCAAUACAUUACUUGAAAACUUUAUUGAACAUGAUCAAGAGUUUUUGGGUGAAGAUAUGUUCAUUGGUUCUGCACUUUUUGAAUCUAAUUCAUUGCAAUUGUUUCCAAAGUUAGAGAAAAUUUUGCUACGGGCAUGUUCAUCAUUAAACAUAGUUUUUGAUAUGAAACCAUCACAAUCAGAAGAUCAACAUGUGGAUAAUGCUGCAUUUUUUGCUCAACUAAAAGAGCUAGAGUUAUCAUGGCUUAAUAAUCUAAACCACAUUUGGGGUUCUGUUCCAAGCAACAUUCAAGGCUUUCAUAAACUGAAAUCAAUCAAAGUUGCAAACUGUGAUUCUUUGGAAUAUAUAUUUACUCCCAGCAUUGUAAGAGCUCUUACUCAACUUGAGAAAUUGGUGAUACAAAGUUGCAUGUCCCUAGAGAAAUUUGUUGGGAAUGAACAAGGCCAACAUGUGGAAACCCUUGUGUUUGUUCAAUUGGAAUCUUUAACACUUAAGGAUCUUCCACAGCUUGUGAAUUUUGGUCCAAAUUCUUACAUGAUAUUGUGGCCAGCUAUGAAGUCUUUAUGCAUUGAUGGUUGCCCCUUGCUCAAGGCAUCUAAUGUAUGUGUACAAGAAGAGAAUUUCAAUGUCAUAUCCAAUUCAAUAACAUCCCAUGAUGUUGGAACUACUACUUCUAUGGAAGAUUCUCCUAGUCUGAGGUUUCUUCAAUGUUGUUUUGGAGGCACAAAGGAAUUGUUAGUUUCCAAUUCAAAGGCAAAGGACUUGAAAAUGGAGGAAGGUGUUGUUGAUGCUAAGGAAAUCAAUUUCUUCAAUGAAAUGGGAGGAUCUCCAAUGCCAAUUUUGGAACAUGUUAUAAUAAAAGGAUGGGAUUCCCUAGAUGUCUUAUUUCACCUUAAACAAAGUGAAGAUUCUAAUAAUACCAUUGUUGUCAAUUGUUUGGUGAAACUUAUGACAAUGCAAUUACCAUCAAGCCCUUUAGGUGUCAUUGCAUUCAAUAACAUCACUCUCUUAAGUUUAGAAGGUUGUCAUAGAUUGAGAUAUAUAUGCUCAUAUUCCAUAGCAAAGUUUCUUGUCAAGUUACAAGAAAUAAAAGUAUCAAACUGUAAGGUGGUUGAGCAAUUAUUCCAAAGUGAAGAGCAUGAGAUUUGUGUUGAUUAUUUAGAAUGGCCAUCAUUGAAGAGAAUUAGCGUCAUCAAUUGUAGCAUGCUUGAAGUUGUGAUUAGUAAAGUGGAAGAAGGGAAGAUAAAUAGUUUCAUCAUCACCUCAUUUGCUCAAUUACAGUCUCUUACACUGACCCAUUUACCAAAUGUUAUAAGCUUUUGCAAUAAUACCUUUUUGGAGAAUGGCCAUGGGAAUGAGUAUUUCAAACAAGAUCAUGAGAGAGCAAGUAGUAGUGAGGAAGAAAGAAACACAAGGCUUGAUGCUCCACUCAUAAAUGGGUUCCAAUUUCCAAACCUAAGACACAUAGCAAUAAUGGGAUGCAACAAAAUGAGUUGCUUAUUCUCUCCUUCAACUUCAAAAAGCCUUGUUCAUUUGCAAGUUCUAGAGAUAUGUGGCUGUGGAGACAUAGAAGAAAUAGUAUCUUUUGAAGACACUAAUAAAGUGAUGAGUGUAAUAAGUAGUAAGAUUGUGUUUCACAACUUGCAGCAUCUAAAACUUGAAAAUCUACCAAAGCUCAAGGCCUUUUGCAAGGGUUCAUAUGACUUUGAUUUUCCAUUAUUACAUGAAGUAUUCUUAAAAAAUUGCCACAUGAUGGAGAUAUUUUCAUUUGGGUCUUCAUACACUCCAAAGUUGGAUAAAGUAACCAUGGAAAUUGGAAAUGUUGCCAAGAACAUAUGGAUGGGAGAUCUAAAUGCUACUAUGCCACUAUGUAAAGAAAUGUUGACAUUUCAAACUUCAGAAACACUUAGAUGGAUCAAGCAACAUUCAUGGGCACUAAGAUACUUGACCAAAGAAAAGGAGUUAACUAUUGAAGGUUUUCAAAGGCUUCUAAAUCUUGUUCCCUCCAAUGUGAUGCACCUAUUUCAAAACCUAAAUCAACUCACAAUUAAAGAUUGUGAUUCACUAGUAGAGGUGUUUGAAUCACAAGGAAUAAUAAUGAUGAACAAAAAAGAAGUCACAAACUAUGAGUUACAAUCAAUGAGCUUGCAACAUCUUCCAAAGUUGACCCACAUAUGGAAAAUUCAUGGUGGUGUUUUGGGAUUCAAAAAGCUAAGAGUACUCAAAGUUGAACAUUGUGGCAGUUUGUGUAGCUUGUUUUCUCCAUCCAUGGCCAAAAGCCUAGUGCAACUUUGGCACCUAAGAGUACAUAAUUGCCACAUGAUGGAGGAGAUAAUUGAAGAAUCAUCAUCAUCAUCAAAUGAGGACAAGAUUAUUGUAUUUCCAUUGUUGAAUAAGUUGGAGCUUCGUCAUCUUACCAACUUCAAGUGUUUUUCCUCCCAAAGAACCUUAGAUAUUGAGCUUCCUUCUUGUGAAGAAAUGGUGAUUGAAAAAUGUCCAAAUAUGACAAGCUUUUGCUAUGGAGAUGUUAAAACACCAAAGCUUCUUCAGAUAUAUAAAGGUUCAUAUGAGUAUGUUGACUUGAUGGUUGACCUUAAUGUCACCAUCCAUUAUGCUAAUAACAACUCCAAGGUUCCACAACAAACCUUAGAGAGAAGCAGAUUCAUAGAGCAAGAUCAUCAUCUCCUUGAUUACUUAAGAAGUCAAACAGAGCUGUUUGUGGAAGAUAGUGAAACACUGUUGCAUUGUGUUCCAUUCAACAUGUUUCAUAGGUUCCAACACAUAAAACAACUAAAGGUACGAGAAUGUGGUUCAAUUGUUGAGAUCUUUGAAUCAAAAUCAAAUGGUGAUGAUGAUGAUGAAGGUUAUUGUUACCCCAAAACAUUUUACAAUUACAACAUGCAAGAGCUACAUCUUUAUGCUCUUCCCAAGUUGAUGCACAUAUGGAGAGAAAACCAUGGAAGAAUCUUAACCUUUGGAAAUCUUAGAAAGCUAAAGAUUGGAUUUUGUGGCGGUUUGAAAAGCCUGCUUUCUCCUUCCAUAGCUAGAGGCCUUUCUCAACUCCAAGAGUUUUCAGUACAUGAAUGUGAGGAGUUGGAGAAAAUAAUCAGCGAUGAAGAAUCAAUCCACAAUGUGAAGAUUAUUGAAUUCCCAUCAUUGCAAUGGUUAACUCUUUAUCAACUUCCAAGCCUUGGGUGUUUUUGUUCAAGUUCUUAUCAUUUUGAGUUGCCAUCCUGCCAUGACAUAAUUAUCAAAGAAUGCCCCAAAAUUGAAGCUUGUUGCAAAGGAAUAACUAGUGUUGUCAGAACCGGAUCGAACCGUCCAGUUGGAUUGUAAAACUGGUGAACCAGUGAUAGAAUCGAUCCGGGCGAGCUUUUUGAUCGGACAAAAAAGCGAACCGAAAUGACCCAGUUUGAACCAAAUAACCAAAAUUUUCCAAAAUUGAAGCUUUUGUAAG